AUGUCUUACAACAAGAAUUAUGGAGGACAGUUCAUGGGGCUUCGUCCAACGGGAGAUAAAAACCAGAACAAGAUGACAGAAGACUCUUUGAAAAAAAUAUUUAAAAAAGAGGAAAGGAAGGAUGCGUGCAAAGUUAUUUUCGUCAUUUCAGAAUUGAGAGGAAUAAACUUACCAGAGGUGGAAAAUGGAGAUAUAUAUUUCUUCUGCACGGUGAUAUUCGACAACGACGAUGUGAAGACGUCCAUGUCGAGGUCCAACUACAACUCUUCCUUCGUCCGAGGGCAGUACAUCCUGGAGGCCUACUCACUUGAGUUCAACGAGGAGAUUGUUUUAAAAAUUCCUGAGGAAGCCAAUUUCGCACGAGUCUACGUGUCCUACCUGACCGUCACAGAUGAGAACGGAACGAGAAAUAUAAAAUUGGAAGGAAUAGGAUACACGGACCCGUUUAAGCUGAAUGAAUGCCAUGUUUACCCAUACGCGAGGUGCAAGCUAAACACUGCAAUUGGUGCGGAAGAGACGAAAGCAUCCCUCCGAAUGUGCGUCAAGUGUGUGGACAGCAGCCAUCCGUCAGUGAUAAAGGAGACUCAGGAAUUUAAUGUCAUCGAUGAGUUCAGAUCCCUGUGCACGGAAUGA